AGGAGUUUGGUUAGCAGCUGCAGAGUCUUCCCCUAUCCUCAAUUUCAUAUGACUUUGUAAGUUUUACAAAUGACCUUUUUCACCACAGUAAGGAUGUCCCUGGUUUAGUGGAGACAGCUCUGGCCUUUGUGUCGAGACGCCUGGAUUCCAAUCGCGGCUGACAUACUAGCUGUGACUGAGCCUCAUUUUCUUCAUCUGGAAAUUGGAAGGAUAAUACCCAAAGGGCCGAUUAUACAGAAUUCCUUUGAAUAUCAAAUCAGUCUGAAGUAAUGGAUUUUACAGAGGCUUACUCUGAUACAUGUUCUGCAAUUGGCCUUGCUGUCAGGGAAGGAAACGUAAAAACCCUAAGGAAACUCCUCAAGAAAGGGUAUAGUGUUGAUGUUGCCGACAACAGAGGAUGGAUGCCAAUUCAUGAAGCAGCUUAUCACAAUUCUGUAGAAUGUUUACGACUAUUGAUUCGUUCAGAACCAUCUGAAAGACACGUUAAAACGAAGACUUUUGAGGGCUUUUGUGCAAUACAUCUUUCAGCAAUUAAAGGAUUCUUGAUGAUAACAAAAAUGCUUUUAGAAGCUGGGGCAGAUGUUAAUGAAACUACUGUAGAAGAAACCACUCCACUAUUUUUAGCUGUUGAAUAUGGACAUGUAGAUUUAGUAAAGCUUUUGCUUCGGUAUGGAGCAGAUGUUCACGGAUCCCAUUCUAUGUGUGGAUGGAAUUCCCUGCACCAGGCAGCUUUUCAGGAACACACUGAUUUAAUAAAAUUGCUUCUUAAAAAAGGAGCAGACAAGGAAUGCAGGGAUGACUUUGGGAUCACACCUUUAUUUGUUGCAGCCCAAUAUGGAAGGUUGGAGAGUUUGAAAGUACUAAUUUCAUAUGGUGCUGAUAUCAAUAGUCACGCUAUGGACAGAGCAACUCCAUUAUUCAUUGCUGCACAAGAGGGCCAUAUAAACUGUGUGGAGCUUUUGCUAUCUAAAGGGGCAAACCCCAAUCUGUAUUGUAAUGAGGACAAUUGGCAGUUACCUAUUCAUGCAGCUGCACAAAUGGGCCAUAUAAGAAUCUUGGACUUGCUAAUCCCAAUUACUGAUAGAAUUUGUGACACUGGUCCAGACAAAGUGAGCCCAGUAUACUCAGCAGUGUUUGAAGGUCGUGAAGAUUGCCUAGAAAUGUUACUUAAAAAUGGCUACAGUCCAGAUGCUCAACCAGGGCUAGUCUUUGAAUGCAGUUCUCCCAUGUGCAUGGUUUUCCAAAGGGAUUCUGGACACUUCAGAAUGGUGGAUAUUUUUCUGAAAUAUGGAGUCCAGCUAAAUGAAAUGCAUUUGGCAUACUGUCUGAAAUAUGAGAGGUUUUCAGUAUUUCGGUACUUCCUGAAAAAAGGCUGCCCAUUGGGAACAUGGAACCAUUUGUCUGAGUUUAUAAAGCAUGCAGUUAAAGCACAAGCAAAAUAUAAGGAAUGGCUACCAUCUCUCCUGUUAGCAGGAUUUGAUCCAGUCAACCUACUCUGCAGUUAUUGGAUUCACUCAGUCAGUGAUGACAUCCUCAACUUCAGCCUGGAGUUCACUAAUUGGAAACGGCUUCCCCUUGCUAUUGAGAAGAUUCUUUCUGCUCAUGCAGAAAGCUCUUCCUGGGUCCCACUAAAUCAUUUUGCCUCUGUUCCUUCCCUGACUCACCUCUGCCGCUUGGAAAUACGAUCCAUUCUAAAACCAGAACGUCUACGAUCUGAUAAUUUUAUCCAUCAAUUACCACUUCCUACUAGCCUACAUCGUUAUCUGCUCUAUGCAGAAGUCUUGAGAAUGAAUGAAGUACCAGAACUGAUAUUUACACAAGAUGGAGAGACCAGUGAAACCAGUUAAUGGCUCAUCUAUUACUCUAAAGAUCAAGAGGAUAGUUGUGAAGUUGCUUCCUAUUAUUGUACAUUAAAGUCAGGACAUUUGAACUCAUGGAAACCAUCUGUUGUGAAGCACUAUUGUUGCUACAUUGCUGGUUUAUGCUAUAAACCUUAGACAUGCUAUUUGCUAUAAUAUUUGUUUUGUUGAACUCUUUCCUUUUUCACAGUAUGCUCAACUUUUUCUUCCCAAAAAACUUUUAGUGAAUUUUGGAUUUGUACUAUACUGUUGCUUCUUAACACUAGUGAUUCAAAAAGUAUGUUUUCAUCAACUAUUCUGUGUUUAUUGGAACUGGAAACAUUUAGUAGAAUGUAUAUAGCUUCAGUGGAACUAUUCUGGUAUCAGUUGCCUAUAAUACUGAUAAAGGAAUCAGUUCCUCCUUGCUCUAUCCCUUUCUCAUUUCUUAGUGACUUUUAUGGACAAUUGAUUUUUUCAUAUGUAACCUCAGGGAAGAAUUCUCUUGAAAAUUAUGGAAAUUUGUUCAUUCUCCCAGUUUCUUUUUUCCUUUUAUCUUCUCUUUGUCAUAAGGUUCAGUUUUUAAGUUUAUAAGGGCAAGGGACAGAUCUAGAUGCACAUACUCAACUGAAAAAAUAAUCAAAUAUGUAUUGACACAAUCUUUUAUUUGAUUUUGAAUACUAAUCAAAAUAUUGAAGGAGUCAUCCUCCACCAUUUUUAAGGAAAUAGUGUCUCUUCCAAAGUUUCUCACUUCUGUAUUUAGGUUAGACUAUAUGGUCUUCGAAGUCCCUUCUAAUUCUGACAUUGUGAUUUAAGAUUUAGGAUUCAACCUUGAUUCUAGGCCAAUAUCAAAUGUUUCAGUUUUGAACCUUUGUAACUGAGUGACAGUUCCUUUAACAUUUAAUUACAUAAAUAAGGCUAUUAGAUGGUCCAAAAUGAAUAUGCACACACACAUUUAAAAUUCUAAUUUAAUGAGUGACAAAAAGUUGUUUUUUAACUAUACUGGGUAAAAAGUUGAUCCGCAAUCAGUAAUCACUAAAUAGUGGUUCUUUGUGACUAGGUGACCUGUGAUCAAUCAGUCUAGUACUUUCACAGACAUACUUUUACUCUGGAAUUGACAGCAAAAAAAGUUGUGGAUAUUCUUUGAUGAAUUCUGUUCUCAUCUAUCAGAAAUAAGCCAAGUUCUUUGUCAUUGUGCUGAGGUAAAAUGGCUUAGAACAUAACAGAUGUGCAUAAGUCAGCAAAGUUCCUCUGUGAUAGGAAAUGACUUUUGUUCAUCUGAAGUAAUGUGGAGGCUAGAACAAAUAAUGGUGAUAUACUAUUUUUUUAAUGGCCCAAAGAAAUAACCAAAGCUUUGUAUUUAAAAAUAUUUGCUGAUUUAGUUGCAAAUAUUUUGUUUUGUACUUUUGCCAUUGCUGUUUCUGAGGAGGGACAGUGGAUGGUGAGACACCUGAUAAUUUGGAUACAUUUGUAUACAUGCAAGAAAAUCUGAUUUGUGGUAAGUAAAGUAAAAAUUGAGUCAAUAAAAUGAAUUUUAAAAUAUGAUUCCUAAAUCUAGGCCAGACCAUGUCUUCAAUGCAUCACAGUAAUAUUCAUUUUUCAAAUAUUCAUUGUAUAUUCUUGAAUGAUAUUUCUAUUUUUACUAAACAAUUAAGAUAGAGGCAACUGUAGGUAGAUUUUUUGCUGCAGCUAUAUCUGUCUCUUUGUUUUGUCAUGUUAUUCAAAUGUACAAUAAAGAAAUUUAUGUAGAGUUAA